GCUUGUUUCAGCUCGAAGGAAGUUUUGUGCUUAUAAAUUGGCGUUGAGGGAUAUACAUGCGUGUAUUGUUUAUGUUUCAAAACUUUCAACAGUAAAUUAUUUCUUCUUGUGUAUUAUGAACAAAUAAAUUUAACUCUAGCAUGAAAGUGACACCCAAAUAACACAGGUGGUAAUGUUAAAAAAUAAACUAUAUCCUCACUUCCGGAGGUGUAUGAAAGCGAAGAACCAUAACCUAACAAGAAGAGAUAUCUUUACCUCGCAAGAGAAUAUGGCAAAAAGUAAAUACGAAUAUGUAAAAAAUUUUGAGCUUCCAGAUCCAUGUUUACCAAACUGUUGGAUUGUGGUUAGGAUUGACGGACGAGGGUUUAGUAGGUUUGCAGACGUUCAUGGUUAUGUGAAGCCAAAUGAUGUUCGUGGACUUAACUUGAUGACCCGAGCGGCUACAUGUGUAAUGGACGAGUUCCGAGACAUUUGCCUUGCAUUUGGGCAGAGUGACGAAUAUAGUUUCGUCAUCCGAAAAGAUACAAACCUCUUCAAUCGUCGAGCAUCGAAACUGAUGACUAAUGUGAAUAGUUUGUUUGCAUCAAGUUUCGUGUUUCAUUGGGUAGGAUUUUUUGGGCCUAUUCGGCUGCAGUAUCCACCGGCGUUUGAUGCCAGAGUCGUGAUGUACCCAACAGACAAGAAUCUGAGAGACUAUUUGGGUUGGCGUCAGGCUGAUGUUCAUGUCAACAAUUUAUAUAACACAGCAUUUUGGGGCCUGGUUUUAAAGAAAGGAUUUUCAAAUGCCCAGGCAGAAGAAAGACUGCGUGGAACACUGGCAUCAGACAAAAAUGAACUCCUAUUUUCAGAGUUUGGAUUGAACUACAACAACGAACCACCAAUGUUCCGCAAAGGAACAGUCCUCAUUAGGAAACUGUGCAAAACACCUGGAGAUGGGAAACUUCGUCAUGUUGUGCUUCCAUUUUAUACAGAUCUGAUUGGUGAUGUGUUCUGGAGAGAGAACCCUGAGAUUUUAGGUAUGAAGUCUUUACAGAUCUACCAUCGGCCUACUGAAGACAAUAGCAUUAGCCAAGAGCAGUGCAAAUCCUCACCCAAACAAGACAGUACUGGAUCAACAGCAUCAGCCACAACAACCAAUGAACAUAGCCCAGUGGCUUCUGAGAAGUCUUAACUGAUCCUGAUGGAACUACUGAGCUUUAAAACACCUAGAAUUAAAUGAGUCAUACCACGCAUGAGUAACAGUGUGAUGAACUCUUUGAAACAGUCUUACAUGACUUUGAACUGUAUUCUGUCAGCUAAGAUAAAAGUUAAGACUCCAAUCAUGCUUGCCCCAGUUAUCAAUUUUCAGGUGUCCCAUGACUGACAAGAGUUUGACUUGGUCUUUAUCCUUCACCAUAGAAUGCUUUGCAGGAUCAUCAAUGACUUAGGACAAACCAGUAAUAUUGUGUAUACAGUAUACAAUGUAUACGGAAAAUUCCUUUGUUGGAAGCUCUUACACGUAAUUUUUGAAUUCGUAUGGAUUAAUAAGAAGUGUUUGUUAUGUUUUGUAUACUUAAGAUACAAACUACAAGAAGUACCCUCACAUAUACGUAGGUCGUACCGAAAGUCAUGAGCAACUUUUUUUUUUGCAUGAAACCUGGGAACAGCAGACGA